AUGCGCUUCUCGACAAGUACUUUCCUGGUUUCGCUCCUCCUGACACUGCCCGUGCUUGGGCGGCCUACCGUGGCGGACGACGCCGAACUAAUGGCGCUUGAGGCUCGUGCAGCGCGCAGGGCACCGAAGCCCAAGGUGCCGCUGACGCCGAAGCCCGCCACCGCAAAACCCCCGCCAAAAAAACCCGCAACAGCUUUGAAGAAGCGGGCGACGAAGGCUCCGGCCAAAGCGCCGGCCAAGGUGCCGUCAAAAGCGCCAACGAAAGCCCCAGUAAAGGCUCCAACGGCAAAGGCACCCGCUAAAGCCGCCGCAAAGGUUCCAGCAAAAGUCCCCGCGAAGUCACCAGCUACCACGCCAGCACAGGCACCUGCCAAGAACGCACCCGCCAAAGCACCUGCAAAGGCACCCGCGAAAGCGCCGCCCUCAAAUGCUCCGACCAAAGCCACCCCCAAAAAAGCGUGCUCGCAGGCACAGAUCGACAAGGAGUUGGAAGCACGAUAUGCCGAAUUCGCGGCGCCAAACCGCCACGAGGUCCGCGCGCGCGUAUCGCACCCUAGCGCGAAGGGCCGCAUCACGCUCUUCCAUGGCACCGAUCCGCGCAACGCCGCUUCCCUGGCAGCCGGCGUGAACCUAGUGGCGACCGCCCCAAGGGGCGACUUCAACCACUUUCCCGAGGUGCCCGGCGGCUUCUAUCUCACCGACAGUGUCAUUGCUGCAGCACAAUUCGCGUGUUUUGGAGCUGCAAUAGUUCCACGAGAGCCACCGACAAGUGUCGAUGUCUUCGAGUACGCCUGGAACGGAAUUGGUGCUGCCGUAUUCGAGUUUCCGGGGCAGACGAACGACUGGGCCGAUUUUCAAGUCUAUAACCGCAAUCAGAAUCUCGACAGCGAAAAUACCGCAAGUCCUUUCCAUGCCCAAGCCAUCGAGAUAUACAAGAACGUGCUGAUUUCCGGGCCGAUGAACGACCCUGCCGAUGAAGACCUGACUGAUGACUUCCAGCAAUACACUAUCGUCGAUCAAACAGCGGUGACUUUCCGCCUCACGCUGGUCGCGCAGCACCAGAACAUCAUCUGCAACAACGUGCCCAAGGCCAAUGCGCUGACGUCGAAGCUGUACACCAGGGGCCAGGGUGGGAACCCCAAGUUCCAGAAGCUCCUUACGAAGCUCCAGACACCGAACUUUGUGUCGACGUCUCAAAAUUGUUUUUUUCAGUAG